CUACCAGCAGGAGCAUUUAGUCCGGGCCUUGCUCCAUUCCUAGAUUUAACACAAAGCCUGCUUUCUUCUCCCCACGCAGUGGGAGGCUCAUCCGCUGCUUCCCAGGCAGCCUGCCCCUGCUAGCCUCCUGCCUCCCGGGCAGCGACAGGGCAGGAUCAGCAUGGCCUCAGGGAACGGAGCCUAGCAGGGUGGGUUGGAAAGCGCAAUGGCUGUGGAGUACACCAGGAUCCUCAGAGGAAACAUGCUGUGGAGCACAGCAUGGGAUCAUCACCUGGUGCCUGUUCUGUGGGAGACCCCUGGCAGGGGGGCCUGGAUUGCUCCUCUCCUGCUUCAAUCCCUGUCUAAAUGCAGAGAGAUCCAUGGUGGGCUGGGGCCUCGAUCACUGCAGUCUGCCCACUCUCUGCCAGGGACUCUGCAUUGCCUGAAGCACUUCCCUGUUGACCUGCGCACCUCCAUGGAUGGCAAGUACAAGGAAAUCGCUGAGGAGCUGUUCUCCCGCUCGCUGGUGGAGAGCGACAUGCGUAGCGCCCCCUACGAGUUCCCCGAGGACAGCCCCAUUGAGCAGCUGGAGGAGAGGCGCCAGCGGCUGGAGCGGCAGAUCAGCCAGGACGUGAAACUAGAACCCGACAUUUUACUCAGAGCCAAACAGGACUUCUUGAAAAUUGACAGUGCUGCUGACUUACAGCUAUAUAAGGAGCAGAACGAGGACCUGGUGGAUCAUCUCCCCAAGGAGAGGGAUGUGCUGCUGGAGAGAGAGUUCCAGAGGGUCACCAUCUCUGGGGAAGAGACAUGUGGGGUGCCUUUCACAGACCUGCUAGAUGCAGCCAAGAGCGUGGUGAAGGCACUGUUCAUCCGGGAGAAGUACAUGGGGCUCUCCCUGCAGAGCUUCUGCAAGACCACCGCCCGCUUCUUGGAGGAGCUCUCUGGGAAACCGCUGGAGACCCGGUUCUAUGAGGAGAUCCCAGAGACCCCCGUGGCUGCAGAUGCUCCUGUGCACCCCCCAUUCACAGACCAGCACCCCUACGAGACCUGCCUCCCUGAGGCCAUGCCGGCCGACUUGGGCUUCGGCCUCAGGAUGGUCAGCGGCGUGAUCCACGUCUACACCAAGCGCGAUGUCGUGGACAGGAGCACAGAGCUGGACCUGCCGUACCCUGACCUGCAGGAGUUCAUCGCCGACAUGAAUGUCUUGAUGGCUCUGAUCAUCAAUGGCCCCAUAAAAUCCUUCUGCUACCGGCGGCUGCAGUACCUGAGCUCCAAGUUCCAGAUGCACGUCCUACUCAACGAGAUGAAGGAGCUGGCGGCUCAGAAGAAGGUCCCCCACCGGGACUUCUACAACAUCCGCAAGGUGGACACGCACAUCCACGCCUCAUCCUGCAUGAACCAGAAGCACCUGCUGCGCUUCAUCAAGCGCACCAUGAAGAAGCACCUGGACGAGAUCGUGCACGUGGAGAAGGGCAAGGAGCAGACCCUGAAGGAGGUCUUCGAGACCAUGAACCUCACGGCCUAUGACCUCAGCGUGGAUACACUGGACGUCCAUGCGGACCGUAACACCUUCCACCGCUUUGACAAGUUCAACACCAAGUACAACCCCAUCGGGGAGUCCAUCCUGCGCGAGAUCUUCAUCAAGACGGACAACCAGGUCUCGGGAAAGUACUUCGCUCACAUCAUCAAGGAGGUGAUGUCCGACCUGGAGGAGAGCAAGUAUCAGAAUGCGGAGCUGCGGCUCUCCAUAUACGGCCGGUCACGGGACGAGUGGGACAAGCUGGCCAAGUGGGCCGUGAGCCACAAGGUGCAUUCCAACAACGUGCGCUGGCUGGUGCAGGUGCCACGCCUCUUCGAUGUGUACCGCACCAAGAAGCAGCUGGCCAACUUUCAGGAGAUGCUGGAGAAUAUUUUCCUGCCCCUCUUCGAAGCCACCAUCCAUCCUGCCAGCCACCCAGAGCUACACCUCUUCCUGGAGCACGUGGACGGCUUUGACAGCGUGGAUGACGAAUCCAAGCCAGAGCAUCACAUCUUCAACCAGGACAGCCCCCUGCCCGGGGCCUGGGUUGAAGAAGACAAUCCGCCCUACUCGUACUACCUGUACUACAUGUACGCCAACAUGACGGUGCUGAACCACCUGCGCAGGAAGAGGGGCUUCCACACCUUUGUCCUGCGCCCUCACUGCGGGGAGGCGGGCCCAAUCCACCACCUGGUGUCAGCCUUCAUGCUGUCGGAGAACAUCUCGCAUGGGCUGCUGCUCCGCAAGGCGCCUGUGCUGCAGUACCUCUACUACCUAGCCCAGAUUGGCAUCGCCAUGUCCCCGCUCAGCAACAACAGUCUCUUCCUGAGCUACCACCGCAACCCAUUGCCCGAGUAUCUGUCCCGCGGCCUGAUGGUCUCGCUCUCCACUGAUGACCCCCUGCAGUUCCACUUCACCAAGGAGCCCCUGAUGGAGGAGUACAGCAUCGCCACGCAGGUGUGGAAGCUCAGCUCCUGCGACAUGUGCGAACUUGCUCGCAACAGCGUGCUCAUGAGCGGCUUCUCCCACAAGGUGAAGAGCUACUGGCUGGGACCCAAUUACCUGAAGGAAGGGUCUGAGGGGAACGACAUCAGACGCACCAACGUGCCGGACAUCCGGGUGAGCUACCGCUUUGAAACGCUGUGCCAGGAGCUGACACUCAUCACACAGGCCGUGCAGACGGCAGAGCUGGAGACCAUCCAGGAAGAAGACUCCCUGAUCAUGAGCUCCAGCCUGGGCACACAGUGAAGGACACUGGUCUGGGCAUUCCCCCCCAGGUGCUCUCCCCCCGGGGGGCUGGCCUGGCACAUGAGAAUCCCCUGCUGCCUUUCGUAGCAUCUGCGCUCCUGGCCCUGGGGAUCCUGUCCGUUCCCUGGCGUUGGGUUCGCUGCAUUCCCCUUUGCUUGGUGUUUCCCUGAAGAAGGGGCUCGUUCUCUUUCCUUAGUGGCUGCCCUUGGGAACGGGCUGGGGCUGUUUUAGUUGGUUGCUUUGGGUUGUUAGUUUUCUUUUGGGUUUGUUUGUUCUGCCUUUUUUUUUAACUCCUGCUGGACUCUAGCGUGAGGGUCUGUGGGGCCGUUUGGGGGCACUAGUGCAGAGGGAGCUGGGUGGCAGGCCAGGAGCGUGGAUCCUGGCACCAUGGGGAGAGGAGACACAAGGGGGUUGGCGUGCAACUGCACAAGCUCGGUGAGAGGCUUGGAGGCACUAGUGUGCUGGCAUGAACGCACACGUGCUCUGGUACGCGUUGAGGGCUGGCGCCCCUCUCUCUUGGUAGGGUGCGCGUGUGGGGGGUGGCUGGAGCAUGGUGCUCUGGGCAGGUGCCACUCUCAGCGUGGCUUGUGUUAUGCCAGGAAAGGUGUGGCCUUGAGAUUGUCAGUCCAGUGAGUUCUGUGGCUGGAUGUCUCUGUGGCUGGAACUGUAGCCAUGAGGGCAGGUGGUUGAGAGCUAGGCUUUGCCCUUGCCCAGUACUCCAGCCUGCUGCAGCCGUGCCCCCUACCCCACGCGGCUGUGCUCUAUAGGGCUGCCUGGGCCACAGUCUUUUUAAAUAAAGGAGGAUCCACCCUCCAAAUUCCUCAAACUGUGAUGCCUGAAGCCUCAGCCCCAGGUGAGUGGCUUGGGCCUGUGCCCGGCCUGCGGGUCCUGCCCUGGGUUGGCGUGGGGGGGAAGGCCAGGGGGCAGGGCCAGAGGUAUUUUUAACUCCGUACGCAUCUGGUGUCAGUCUGAGCAUUUCUCUGUCAGCUGCAAGGGAGGGCCCUGGGCAUCUUUAUUAACCGUCUAGCUCCUGGGAACCGCCCAGUCAGGGCAGUCACAGCCAGCCUAGUCUCUCGGGGGCAGUUCCCUUGGGAGACCCCGGGAGCUCCCCGGCGGCAGUAGGGAGCGAGGCACCAGUUGCCUGUGCCUGGUGCCCAAUUUUGUCUGUGCGUCAGGCUGCAGAACCAUCCUCCCCGACGCGCUGCUUCAUGGCCGUCCCCAUCGCCUGCUUAGCCACCACGGCGCCACCCACUCCCCGCCUGCUCUGCUCCCGUGCAUCAGGGCCCGGCUGUGGGCUUGCAGAGCGCUCUGUGGCAUGGCAUUACCCAGAGGGGUCCUAGAUCUGACGGGCUCCUCCCCUGCCACCUCUGUUCUAGCCUCCUGGACUACCGAGAGGGAUGUUGCCAGUGUCCCGGGGUUGUGGGAGGAACCAUCGCUGGCCCCCAUGGAACAGAUCCAGACCAUGUGCCCCCAACCCCGUGAUGGCUGUGGGGAAGGGAGGCCCUGCCUGCUCUGCUGGGGUCGGUGAGGAGCUCAGCCCCACAGGUCCCCUUGAAGUGAAGUUUUUAUGGGUGGGAAGUGACCCUUCACUGGGGAGGGGCUGGCUGUACGCGGCAGGGGCCAAAGCUGUCGGGAGCAGAGUCAGUCAGCGCUGCCCACCAUGCCCUAGGAACAGGCCCCUGGACUCUGUGCCCUUGUGUCUCCCCUCUGCAUUCGGGUCCCAUGUAGCCAAUACGGCUAGGGAGCCCUGGCACCACGCCCAUCUCACUGCCAUGAUGAAAGAUCAGGGCGUCACGCAUGGGUGGGAGGUUCCCUGCUCCCAGUGGCUCCUGGGAGCAGCCCACCAUGCUGGGACAAAGCUCAGCUCCCUCCCCUCUUAACUCUGGUCAUAAUCACUGCCUGGGCCCAUAUGGAUGAGGUGCUCCCCUCCUCCGUCCAUUCCCGUCCCCUUGCUCCUCCCCACAUGCCCACCCAGCCCAGGGGACAGUUCUCACCCAGCUCCCUCCAGGGCUCUUGGGUCAGCUGGACGUGUUCCCCCAGAGCGCCGGUCACAGCAGGCUGCUCCCAUUUUGACCCAUGAGGGGCUGUCAGCCAAUUCCAGCAGCCAUACCCUAGCCACUGGCCUAGCUGAUGGCACCCUGGGCAGAGCGAAUGUCUUGGGGGGCCCAGGCCCUGUCCCAGAGCACUCAUGGUGGGGCUGGUCUAUGGGGGAUAGGAGCUUUCCAUCCAUGUUAGUCCCGCCCCUGUGCCCCUUACCUGUGGUCCUGGUGCUGGAAGCUCUGAGGAGCCGUCGCUGCACUGCAGGCUCUGGCCAGUGCUGGUGCACAGAGCAGUGCGGAUCAGAGCCGAGGGACUCUGCAGAUCCUGGCUAAGGAGUGGGAGCGGGGACCAUCUGCCCAGUGGCCGGGUUUAUCAGUAGGGGAUUAUCCGCCAUACUCACCCUGCUUCACCAGAGCCUGUCCCGGUUCUCUGUGCUGCCUAGACGGAGAAAGUUUUGAUUUCUGUGUACCUUAAAGCUGUCUCUUACCCUCCCACUCACCCUGUGGUGUCGCCACGUUGUUCGAUGAAACAGCUGACGCACGGUCGUUGUUCUCCGGUGUCAUGUCAAAAAAGAGCAUGAUCAAUAAAUACAAAUUAUUUAAGUAAA